CACAGGAAAAAGAAACUGCAACUGCGCGUGCGCAGAACUCUUGUGAGCGUGCGCAGUAGGGUAAAAUAGUGACUUAGUCGUAGAGCGGGCAAGUUCAAGAUGGACAGAAGUUCAACUAGAUAGAAAUUGUGGAAAAGGGUUAACCAUCACGGUCCCCUUGGAAAAACCUCCUUCAUGGGAUAUGGAAACGGAGAAAUUGUCCGACCACCCCACGUCAAAAGGGAGCCACAAGUGUGUGGAUAAAGAGCAAGAGCAUACAAUUCGUUUUGCUCUUGAACUGAAGGAAAGCAACGAUAGGUAUUUUCCUGAAUUCUCGUUCAGAGAGCUGCUUCGUUCUGCUGUGCCCAAGGUCGGUGAAGCCACAGAGAAUGAUUUACCAGCCGACGAAGAUGGAGAUCGUGAAAAACUUCAAGCCCUUGCUAAGAAAUUCGAGGAAAAAUAUGGUCCAAAACAAAAGCAUAAAAAGAAACGAAAAGAAAGAAUCGAAGACCUAGUGGAUGUGAGUUAUGGCUAUGAUGAAACAGAUCCUUUUGUGGAUAACAGUGAGGCUUAUGAUGAACUGAUCCCAGCAGACUGGACCACGGAACACGGAGGAUUCUACAUUAACCAGGGGGGACUAUCUUUUAAACCAGUAUCAUCAGAUGAUAGUGAUGAUGAUGACUUCAAAGGCAAGAAAAGAAAAACUCCAAAGAAAUUAAAGGAUCCAAAUAAAGUCAAAAAGAUCAAAGAAUCUGGGGAAAAAGAAAAGAAAAGAAAGCAUUUGACGCCAACAGACAAAGAGAAGAAACCAAGAAAGAUAAGACUCAUCAGUGGAGACAAAGAGAAGAAACUCAAGAAAAAGAUCACCCUUAGUGGCGCAUCCCCUGCUGUGACCUCCUCAGGGCCAUUAUUAAUAAAGUCAUUACCUCCUAACACAACAUCCAGCCUAUCAGGAAUACCAAAGACAACAACAGCUACUUCCACUGCUGUCUCUCCCACUGGAAGUUCUGUCUCUUUAGCAUCAUCAUUGAUGUCAUUAGGAGCUGGUAAUGUAAUCCAGGGAAUGUCACUUGAAGGGUCACCACAGUCUGUAGAAAAUGCAAAUAUAAAAACAGAAAAACAAGGGCCAUUAAUAGCCGAGAAUUCUGCRGCAGACUCUCCAAUGUUGUCAUCAGAAGCAGUGUCUAAUGUUGGAAGUGUAUCAAAUGGUACAUCGUUAAUCAAUCAAAAUGGACUGACGUCAGGAGAAGGAAUGGGAGAAGAUGGCUCAUAUGUACCUAAAUUGCCACAGUAUUUACCGCUAUCGGUAGAGGCUUGUGUACAAAAGCUGAAGAAAGCAGCAGACAAUGCCGUAGAUGAAGGAAAAUGCAAAUUCUUUAAUAAAGAUGUCAACCAGCUGCUUCUAGAGACUGAAACAAAAUCUAGAGAGCUGAGCUGUAGAGUGAGAUCAGGAAUUUAUGAUUACUUGGCCUACUACCUUCCCUGCACCAAAGAAACUUUACUGAAAAGAGCAAAGAAAUUGCUGCUUACAGACCAGGCUGGAAGAUUGCGAGAACCAAUGGCAAAGCUCAAAGCAGCCGUUGACAAAGCUAUGCCAGAACAGAUGAAACGGUUUGAGGAGGAAGUACGCCUUCAUGUGGAAGAACAUAGUAAACAAAAUGAAACAAAAGCAGAUAGUAUUGACCAAAAUCCUGAGGACAAAAAGCAGAAGGAGCUUUUUAAGAGYGCCAUGGAAGUGGAUGAUGAUGGUGAGAAGGUAGAUGAAGCUACAACACCAACAGAUCCUGCUGCACAAACGGGAACAGAAGAGAAAACAAAGAAACCAUCAUUACCAAGACGACAUUUUGUUUGGACUGAUGAAUUGAGGACACUGUUAUCUGAUGUAGUGACUGUCAGAGUCAAAUUAUUUGAAAUGUCUAAAACAAGAACCACAUCAGCUGAAGAAUAUCUCAAGGAAUUUUUUGAAACUGAAGUUAAAACCUUGUGGCCCAAAGGCUGGAUGACAAGCAGGAUAUUAUUCAAAGAAAGCAGAUCAGUGCAUACAAGAGUGACAAGUGCUCUAUUCAAGCCCAAAAAAGUUCCAGGACCCAAGAAGCAAGGUGAAGCACCAUCACCCAGCGAUGCUAUGGACACAUCUAGCCAGAAUGCGGAGUCCAUAGCCAAAGAUGAUGCAGUUUCCAUGGAUACAACAUCGUCUGUGAAUACAUCAACGACCAGUACAAUUGCUACAUCUGUUGCUAAGUCAACUACAGUUACACCCAUGACAGCGACAGUAAAGAUUGAACAGAUUCCAGGGAAUGUGACUACCUCAGCACCAGCCACUACAAGCAGCACAUCUACCAAAACAAUACCCAAGCUUGAUCCUAGUGCACUGUCGAUAUUGAAAGCAAAAUUAAUCAUCAGCAACCCAGGUGCAGUUAGUAAGUCAAAUCUUGUGAUGCAACCUGGAAAUAAGGUGGUCUCGGCAACAAUUCUGAGCACGAAAACUAAGACAGCCUUAACAACAGCUCUUAGUACAUCCGCACAAGCCUCUAUGGUAGCUUCAGCGGCCAAAGCCCUUGCCGCUAUGGUUAACAAGGGKGAUAAGUCAUCAGUUUCCAUGGUAACUACCACUAAGGUUCCACUGUCGACAGUAAGCAGCAUGUAUACAACACCUUCAGCUGGGUUGACAACUUCAACAAAAGCCCCAUUGUCUGUCAGUUCCAUUUCUACCAAACCAUCAGUUUCCAUGGUAACRAGCAUACCAUCAACUGUAGUGUCCACAAUGAGCAYGGCUAAGCCUUUGACUUUAAAUAGAAUGGGUGUGGAGAGCAAAGGUGCUGUAACUAAAGGAGAAAGUACUAUGGAGGGGAGAGCUGAAGCAAAAACCGGUGUUACCAUGGUAACAAAUGUGACCACCAAUGGCUUGGAGAGACAGCAACAACAGCAACAAACCAAAUUUCCUCAAACUAUGUCAAGUUCACUGAGUAAGCCUUCAGUUACGAGUGUUACGGCACAGCGACUGAUGCAGCCUGUAUCAACUGCGGUCGCUAAGCAACCACCUACAUCAUCAUCUAUGGUUAGGAACGCUACUCCUCCUAACAACUCAACCAUCAAAACUCAACCAGUUACUAUACUCGACUUUGCUGACAUGGUGUCUGCGGAUUCACAAAAUGACGCACAGGAGAUCCUUUCCAACCAGAUGCCGCAACCACAGCCUCAGCAGUCAUACAUCAGUAAAUCACCAUCACCACAAAAACCUAAAGAACAAACAGUGCCGAUGAUACCCAAGGUACCCCAAACAAUAGUCUCACCACCACGACAGCAGAAUACCGCCUAUUCUGUAUCAUCUCCAUCAAGUAUGAUACGAUCACCUACACAGAUGGCCCAGACAAGAACCAACGUGCCACACUCAAGUGCGACAGCUUUGGGUAAUAUGCUAAUGAGCUGUAACAUGGGAUCUCCUAAUAUGGCCAACAUGCAGAAUAAUUAUAUUGAUUUGAAUGCUGCUGCAAUGAUGGCACAGCGGCAACAGGCUGCCAAUAACAAGACCUUGUUGGACUCGAUUUCAACAGCUUCAAGAAUACCCCUGGAUAUGCGCACAACAUCUGUACCACUGACUCACCCAGUCAUCUCACAUCAGCUAAGUAAUCCUACACAGUCAGUGAGUGCCUACUUACCUACCAACCUACAGCCUACACUAUCCAUGUUAGGCCAUGCAAAUCUACAGGGAAAGACUACCAAUCCCUUAAGUCACAUAGGUGUGAUACAACAGCAGUCAAUGCCGUCRUCAAUGAUGCACAUGAAUAGRCCACUUCAACAACAGAGUAACAUGGUUAUGACGCCAAACCCUUUUAAUCAAGUGCUUAUAGGAUAUAAUGUUCCAAGCACACAAUCUAUGCAGAUGUCGCAACCUCAACUUAUGAACCCAAAUAUUUUCCAAGAUCCCAAUCAUAAUCCUAAUGGAGGACAUCCACCAUCACCAUUCAUGCCAAGGUUUUCUUGACAUUAACUGUAACUAGCCAAGUGUUUGAUUCAAGUCUACRAGGGUAUUAGAUAUAUAUACCUUUGAUAAUAAUUAUGUAUUAUAUAAAUCUUUCAAAUACCUUCCUUGCAUCUUCAUAUAUAUAUAGAUUUCUUACAUUCAACAUUACGUAAUGCAACUUAUUGAGUGGGAAAAUAUUCCUCUUGUUUUGUGUGCUUAUUAUCUAAUUUCACUACUUAAAAAAAUCAGUUGUUAAGGUUGUGGAAAACCAUUUGAGUGUUUGGAARCCAUUUCAGUGUUAAUUCCUACCAUUUAUUUGCUGAAUUACUGCUGCCUUGAGUYGAAUGUAAGUGCCUUCAGUGGUUGGGUGAGAAGCUGUUUCAAUGUUGUGGCUUCUUUCACUCAAAUCAAAUUGAUCUUCAUCAAUACAUGCAUACUGUCAAUGCAAUAAUUUCUAGAUAUUUCCUCAUUUCAUUUAUUAAUUACAUCCAUUCCAAUUCCUGUGUAAUCGGCAUUUGCCUCAGACUUUUCUCAUGUUUUUAUUGCUCCAAGAAAAAUGAUACCAAAAAAACAAACCUGUAUUAGCACUUAAACUUUAUUUUUGUAACUUUAAAAAACUGAUUCACUACUUUAUUUAUUAGAUGAAAACUAGGAAAAUGAAYUCGUACUCUUGGUAGGCCAUAAAAAAACGUGAAGAAAAAAUCCAUUUGCCAGUUUUGAGAUUUUUAUCUUUUUCUUUUGAUUAGAUGUAGACACACUCCUUAAUAAACAGCCUGCAAUAUUUCUGAGAUCUAGACAACUGCAGAUAUCUUAUCUUUUAAUAGGUUUGAGCCAACAAAUCCCUUAAAAUAAUAUUUAAGCAAAUUUGUAAUGACAUUAAGAAGCUAAAAAACAAGAUGUUCCAAUCCAACUAAAGGCACGAUUACACAAAGCAAUUUUCUCUGCAACAUACUUGUCUCGCAACGGCGYUGUGACACAAGUUGCAAGAUUGUUUACAUGGUGCAACAGAGACGCAAACAUUGCCAAAAGUAGAAAUGAAUUCUACUUUUCACAAUGAUUGCUGCAACUUCUCACAGCAUUUUUCAAAUUGCGCUGUAGGUUACACACUGCAAUGCUCCAUGCAACUUCUCUCGCAAUGUUAUGAGACAAUUGCUCGAUGUAAUCRCACCUCAAGUCAAACGAAUCUGGUACAGACUGUAAUUUUAUACCACAAUAUUUUCCUUCAUAUUAUUGGUUGACCUGGCUGUUCACAGCUUGUUGUCAAAAUGAAUAAAAAAGUAAAUUCUA